AUAUGGGUGCAUUUCAUGUAAAAAUGGGUAUUACCUUUCAAAUGCAGAAUGUUUUCCAUGUUCAGAGAAUUGUACCAAAUGCUUUGAAAGUGAAAUAAAAUGUCUUGAGUGUACAUCUGGUUUUUAUAUGAGUGAAAAUUACGUCUGUUUGCCAAGCACCAAAUUAUUGUCAACAUGUGAAAAAAUAUCAACAAUUACAAGUGGAUGUUAUCAAUGUAAAGAUGGGUAUUAUCGAGUUGGUAUGGAUUGUUUUAAUUGUCUUUCUAAUUGUACGACAUGUAACACAAAUAAAACGUGUUUGACUUGCAAUGCAACAAAUUACAAAACAACAAGUGGACAGUGUUUGCCACAAAACAGUAUCAUUGGGUGUUCUAUAGAAGUUACACAAUUUGGGUGUAACAAGUGUCAAGAUGGAUAUUACACAGUCAAUACUAAUGAAUGCAAAAAAUGUCAUGGCAACUGCACAACUUGUACACACCAAGAGAAAUGCACUUCUUGUAUCAAAAACAAAGUUUUAUUUGAAAGUGGACUUUGUCUAGAUAUUUCUUUUGUAUUAAAUUGUCUUCAAGUUUCAGACUCAAAGUGUUCAAAGUGUACAUUUUGGCACUCACCAAAUGCAAAUGGCACGUUUUGUAAUAAAAAGGUUGUGUGGUGGGUAUUACUUAUUAUAGUUUUAUUUAUAAUUGGUGUGUUAAUAAUUCUGAUAUUAACGAUUGUGUUUGUCGCAUUGUACGUUGAAAAGAAAAUCCAUCAAAAAGAAAUUGAAACGACAACAACACUUUUCCAAAUGAGUCGCUCAAACAUUUCUUUCAUUCCACUUGGUGACGAUGUUGUUGUGAACAAAACAGAAAUAAUUUUUGGUGAAGACAUUGAUGUCAAUUUACAACAAAGAGAACUACUGUGUGUUGGCAACACCUCAAAGCACAAUAUGAAAAUCCAAAUGACAACUAAAAGUGCGACAAUCGAGAAAUACACAUUUGAGUCAAAUCCAAAAAUCGUUGUGUUGCCAAGUGGUGAAGCGUGUGAAUUUGAGAUAUUAAUAACAUUAAUAUGCACAACCAAAAUCAAUGAAAAUUUCAUAUUGGUUUCAAAUUCAUUUACAAAAAGAAAAGAUGUUCUUAAAGAAAUUUCAUUUUCAGCUACUUCAAAAUUAACAACAAGACUCGACCCAGACGAAUUAAUAGAAGACAAGAAACUUG